AUGUCCUCAUCGAUGAAGCGCCAUUCUUGGGAGAGCGUGCUCACGUGCUGUGACUCUUUUAAAGGGACACUUACCGCGUGCAACGCUGGCCUUGCCCUUGAGCGGGCGUUCCGCUGUGUUGAGAAGGGCGGCUCUGCCCGGGCGGAGGUGGUGCACUGCCCCAUGUCGGAUGGUGGCGCCGGCCUGCUGGACAGCCUGUUCUUUCCGUCCCACUCGGCCUUGUCGUCGCCGUACAUCUUCACCCGAGUGGAUGUGCCGACUGCCGGCACCACCGACUCCUGCGAUUCGGCGCCGGCGCCGCUUGUUCUCGGCCCCCUGGGCGAGCCGUUGAAUUACAGCGGCGGCGAAUACCGACCGCAUUUUGCGUGUGACGUUGCGAACCGCGUGGUUGUGGUGGAGAUGGCUGUUGCGUCUGGCUUGCCGAUGAUCCCCGAGGCCAAGCGGAACCCGCUCCGCACGACGAGCUAUGGCGUGGGUCAGAUCAUCAAGUACGCCGUGGAGUAUGUUGCGAGGGAGCACCGCCGCAAGGAUGGCCCUGGUGCUGACGGCGGCGUGACGGUGUUCCUCGGCAUUGGCGGCAGUGCCACGAAUGACGGUGGGCUGGGCGCGCUGCAGGCUCUUGGUGUUGAGAUGCUCGUGAAGGCCAAGGAUGGCGGCUCGGAGCCCCUAACUACACCGUUCACUGGUGGCGACCUGGAGCGCCUCACGGGUGCACGCCUCACACCGGCGUUCCGGCAGAUGUUCUUCUGCGCUGCGGGGGGCUCCAGGACGGCGCCGUACUGCAAGGAGGUGCGUCUGAUUGGCGAUGUGGCCAACCCGCUGGUUGGCCCGGACGGUGCCACGGCAAUAUUUGGCCCGCAGAAGUGUGACUCGGCGUGGGAGAAGACGCACCGUGAGCGUGUGCUGUCGCGACUGGAGCAUGGCAUGCUGAACGCUUCCGCUGCGAUUGUGCAGAGCAACCUUCACGGAGGGAAGGCCAGCGAGGAUAAUAUGAAGCAACGCGUUGAGGCUCUUCGCCACACCCCUGGCGGUGGUGGCGCCGGUGGCAUGAGUGGCUUUUUCCGCUACGUCGUGGGGGCGAAGUGGAUGACCGGUACCGAUGUUGUCGCGGAGCUGCUGGACCUUCCGGCGAAACUUCAACGCUGCGACUGCAUGAUCACCGGCGAGGGUUCCUUUGACGAGCAGACCAUUCGCUUCAACAAGACUUUGGGAAGGCUGCUGCAGAUGGUGGUGGUGGAGAAUAUGCGGCGCCAAAGCGUUGGCCAGAAGCUGUUGGGGGAUGUUGUGGUGAUCUGUGGCAGGACUGCCUAUCGGGACGCGGAGCAGGUGCGGCGUUUGCUGCAUGAGCAAAUGCGUGAGAAGAAGGAGUACAAGGACGCAGCGCUUGCUGCCGCCAUCCCGCGUGUCCACCUGCUGUCUCUGACACCACACCACUUCCCUGUGUCGGAGGCGCUGGGAAAUGCUGGUGUUUGCGUGGAGGAGCGGAUGAGACGCUUCCUGGCCGGAGAGGAGGAGAGGUAUGCCGGCAAGGCUCCCGCCGCUGUCCCUGCAGCCGCAAAAAUUCGUGCUCACCUGUAG